AUGGACCAUCAAGAUAUAAUAGAAAAUGCGUUGGCAACUGCUGUCCUAUUUCUUCAAGACUUAGAUAUUACAGAUGAUGAUUUGGAAGAUAAUCUGGUACAAAUCAAUACUCCUCGUAGACAAAGGUCAGUCCUAGAAUUAACCCCUGCGACUCAUAUAGAGGAAGAAGAUAUCCAUGAAGAGCAAGAAACUCAACCAAACCUUUAUGAAAAUAUUUGUAGAAGACUUACUGGAGAUUUAACUCUUGAAGAUAUUGCAGAAGGAGACACUAGACCAUUUCCCCGUUCUACUAUUUUGGGCGAAGAUAAAAUGGUAUAUCUUAUGGAAUUCAAACGAAAACUGUAUAAAAGAUUUAUUUAUCUUCAUGGUUUGCUUAUUGAUGAAAACAGAAACAUCGUGAACCCUUCUGUUGGGUUCCGGAGAAACAAUGGUCAAGUCCUUAGGUAUCUCAAAGAAAGAGGUCAUCCAUUGAUUGAUUUAAGUUCGAAAUACAAUAAUAACACUCGGUUGCUUGCUUUCCCUCACAAUAUCUUAUGGGAAUAUGUUACUCCCAGAAACUUCCAAACUGAAAUUGUAGGAAAUGAUGCUAAUAGAUACAGAAGAUAUGUAAGAAAUCCAUUGAAAAAGACAGUAUAUCAACAGAUUAAAGGUGCAAAAGUUGUCAUUGGUCUCAAGCAAUCCUUUGUUAUUUAUGUUCCAAGAGAACGAAAGUCGAAUGAGAAUCAUAUCGAUCUAAGCUGCAGGGAAACAAGGGGUAGGCCAAAAAAUACUAUAGAUACAAUAUUUCAAGGUUUUACAUUCAGCAAUCUCGAUUUCGAAUAUCUUUUGGAGGGGAUUGAUUCAAAUAAGAUGAAAGAGGGUAGUGAUAUUUACAGAUUGAUAAAUACCCGAGUUAUGAAUGAUGCUAGAUCAAGCUUAUUUCACUCUCCCAUUGGUGAUGAAGAUAUAUUCAAAGAUUAUGAUGAAGGAGUAGUGAACACAUACUCCACCUACUUCGGACAAUUUUAUAAUUUGCUUCAUUAUUUUGGAAACUUUCCUUUCAUUGUAGAUUCCUGUACCAGCGAAGAUAAACUCGUUCUACUAAAUUUAAUCCAAGCAAACGAGGACGAAAGAGUUGAGAAAGUAACCGAUCUAUUCAUUCAUUUUAAUUCAAUUAAUGGCGCUGCGUUUUUAAAAGCUUUGUCAUAUCCGUACCUUAGAAGAUUUUCAGACGGGAAAGUUUAUCGUUUACCCACACUCUUGGUGAAGCUAGAGGCAAUUAGGAACGUCUACAAAUUUGUUAUAUUUCUUCGAACAUCAAACCAACAGAUGAGCAAAUUUUCUAAAGGCAUAUGGGAACCUGAAUAUAUGGGUUGGAGUUUCCUUGCGACUUUCUAUUCAAGUUUACUAAAAGAUCAAAUUAAGCAUAGGGUAAUUGUAGAGGGAAGUGGGAAACUAGGUAGGUGCUUUGUAAAUGGGAUCACAGUGGAUAAGGAUUAUAUAUCGGACACCUAUUACAAAUCAGCUUGCUUUUAUCAAGAAAAAUUCGAAGAUCUAUGCCGUAUUACCGGAAGCAAUGUUUUGAUGAGCGAGGUGUUUGAAGACUAUAAAAGUGUAUCGGGCCACGACUACACACGAUUAUCAUUAAAUGAAGGAGUGGAAAAUGGUUAUUUUUUUACACAUGGUCUUGACGAUGUUGAGAGGAGGAAAAUAUUAAGUACUAUCGAUGAGAUGACGAAGGCGCUUGCAUGUAUGAUGCUUCUAUCUUGUGCCAAUAUAUUCAAGCCCGCAGAAAUAUUUCGAAUUAAGAUUCUUGGAGAUGAUUACAGCAAUAGGGAUAUGGUCUUCAUGGAUGGAUCAGUGUUGAUACGACAGAACUACGUAAAGGGCAAACAAUUUUUCAGAAGAUUAUGUUAUACAACAAAUUUAGUAACCAAAUUCAUCAUAGUUCAUGUCACAGCAGUAAGAGGAUUAUACAUUCGAAUUCUUCAACCUAACUUCCCAUCGAUUUCAGAGGAAUUUAACGGGAAGCAAGGGUUGGCCCCAGAAGAAAUAGAGAUCACCUUCUACAAGACAUUUCUUUUUGUUUCUCGACAUGGAAGAUUACUUACACUUCAAGACUUAAAUAGUUUUCAAGCUAAAUUGUUGGACAUAGAUCAAAGAGAUGUUUUAAAUGCGAAUAUUCUUAGACGCAGUAUUGCAUGGUUUAUAAAAGAAGAGAUGCCAGGUGGAUUAGACUAUUAUACUGCAUUCCUAAAGGACGUGGAAGAUAUUAGGAAAGGUAGAACUAAAGCUUUGACAUUCGCGCGAAGAAUGCCAAUAUCGAACCAUAGUCAGUUGGAUGUAAAGAUAUUUUUCAAUAACUUCUUUUUGUUUAUGGGAAUUUCACAAGGUACCCCGAUUGGUGGUCAAGAGCGGCGAAGAGGAAAUGAACAUGUUUUAUCAGUUGGGCCACCUGACAAGAGGCCCCGAGUAGCGUGA